AUGGCUGAAAAAACAAACAAACAAACAAUACGAGCUAAAAUAAAGGAAAAUAGUAUUCGAGCUCAAGAUAUUGUAAGUUUCACUGAAGAUAAGAAUAUCGAAUACGUUGUGGAAAAGAUUGAAUUAUUAACAGCCCUAGAGGAAACACCUCUAAAAGAAAACACAGCUACUAUAAACGCUGAACCUAAUUACGAUGAAACGGUAAAAAAAUUGGAAGAUCUGAUCGAUUUACUAAAAAUUCCGAAAAAUGUUCACAAAUUUUUCAAUAUAACAGGCGUACGUAGAGUUAUAACUCCAAUAGUAGGCAUCAAUAGUGAACGAGUACAGAAGCAACUAUUGAUGAUAAUAAAAAUUUUGUUUAAUGUCGCACCUGCUAGGACCACUGCACUUAUUCCAAUUAGUAUAGUGGACAAACUUCUAGAUAUCUUUGAACACGAUAACAAUUUAGCUCUAAAAAAUCAUGCCCUAGAUAUAAUGUACGUUUGGUUACCGAAUAAUCCAAGAGUUCAAGCGCGUGUUAUGAAAUUGAAAGGUCUAGAACCUUUUUAUGAUCAAAUAUCAAAAUUAGAUGCAACUGUAAUUUAUUCUUUGCUUGAUCUUUUUAAUAAAAUCUUAGAAGAACAUCUAACAGUACGAGAUUAUAAUUCUCAGAAGAAUAAAGAUGUUUAUACUAAAAGGAAACUUUAUGAGAAAAUUGGACUUAUUGAAAGAAUGUCAACACAAACAGUUUGUAAUGGAAUUUUAAACAUAUUUGAAUUAAUUUUGCCUUUAACUGAUAAUAUGAAUGAACGGGUUCCGAAAAUAAUAAUAAAUCUGAUGAAGAACAUUAAACCUUUUUGUUUGAAAAAUUAUAAUAGGAAAACUCGAGCUCAUAAAGUGUUUGAAGAGUUGAAUAAAUAUUUUACAAACGCAGACACAAUGGCCUUAUUACACAAGCUUGGAUUCAAUUUAACGGAGGUGAAAACAAUUUUAGAAGAUUAUUCUAAGAAGAUAGAUGAUGAUGUUAGGGAUGAGUUUUGA